GUUGAAGUUGGUCUCUGAGCUGCUUCGUCGCUCUUUUUAUAUUUUCCAGCAAACUAUUCUCUUUUAUAAACUUUAUUUUCCUUAACAAUAAUAAAAUCUUUCCUAAGAAAAACAAGAGAAUCCUUAUAAAUAAUCUGAACAGUCUUCAACAGUUUCUCCAACCUCCAACCAGUUUCAGAAUUUUUGGUGAUUUAUUCAGUCUUGAGUCUUUUCUUUCUAAAACCACUAAACAAAUAAAUAUUUGGAUAGAUGGCGUCGAGUCCGUGGACAAGGUCCGAAGAUAAGAUGUUUGAGGAAGCUUUGGUGUUUUUCCCUGAAGGAUCUCCCAAUCGGUGGGAGAGAAUCGGCUAUCAGCUCCAGAAACCGGCUGGUGAAGUUAGGGAGCAUUACGAGGCUUUGGUGCAUGAUGUCUUCCAGAUCGAUUCCGGCCAAGUUAAUGUCCCUGAUUACAUAGAUGACUCGGCCGCGGCGGCGGGGUGGGACUCGGCAGGUCAGAUCUCGUUUGGGACCAAACACGGCGAGAGAGAGCGAAAAAGAGGAACUCCUUGGUCGGAAGAUGAACACAAAUUGUUUUUGAUCGGAUUAAAGAGGUAUGGUAAAGGGGAUUGGAGGAGCAUAUCGAGGAACGUGGUGGUCACUAGGACGCCGACGCAAGUAGCAAGUCAUGCUCAGAAAUAUUUCCUUAGACAGAACUCGGUAAAGAAGGAGAGGAAAAGGUCGAGCAUACACGACAUAACUACGGUAGAUACUAAUCUAGCCAUGCCUGGUUCCAACGUGGAGUGGACUGGCCAGCAGGAGAGCCCUGUUCAGACUCAGCAACAGAUCGUGUCAGAGUUUAGUCAGCAGUUGACUCCUGGUGGUCAUUUUGAGGAUUUCGGUUUUGGGAUUUGAUAAGAUAGGGGGAAAGAGAUUGGUAAUGGCUUUAGUUAGGGUUUUUACUCAUUUUAAUGUGAAUAUGGAAAACAAUAGGAUUGUGUAUUUCCUGAUACUGAUGAUGACGAAAGAAUAAAAUAUUGUAUAAUAAUGUUUUCAAGUAAACACAAGUAGGUUUUGAAUCAAAUGUUUAUGGUGUG